GAUGAGAACGGCCAAACACCACUAUUCUUUGCUGCUCGAUAUGGGCAUACAGCUGUUGCCAAACUGCUACUCCAUCAUGGCGCUGAAGUUGAUGCAAAAGAUAGAUAUUACAGAACACCGCUGUCAUGGGCUUCUACAUGGGGGCAUGCAACUGUUGCCAAACUGCUACUCCAGUGUGGUGCUAAAGUUGACGCGAAAGAUAUGUUUUGCCGGACACCGCUAUUACUAGCCGCUAAACAUGGGCAUGCAGCUGUUAUCGAACUGCUACUCCAUCGCGGUGCUAAAAUUGACAUGAAAGAUAAAUCUGGUGAAACCGCGCUAUCAUGUGCUGCUACUGAGGGGCAUGAAGGUGUCAUCCUAUUGCUACUCCAGCGCGGUGCU